CUGUCCGUCGGCGCGCGGCUAGCCAGCGCUCAAAACAGGUGGAACUCGCAGACCGGCCCGCCAGCAGUGUGGUGCCGAUGGUCGAUGAAAACAGUCGCACGUUUGCUUCCAUCAGUGGGGGAUCCUGCAGCGCCGUUGGCUGCCUGUCCGAGUCGAUACGAGUAGGCGGGCAGGCAGGUCCGAAGAAACCCAACAGAGCGCGCAUCUCAAAUGGUCUGUGAGAACUUCGGGCCCAGUUCAACACGUGUGGUGACGGGGAUUUCGCGCGUUGCUUGACUCGCGAAGCAUCGCAACAGCACCACGGGCGGGCCGGCAGACGAGGCAGGGCGGGAAGGUCUACAACGCGAGCCCAGCAGAGAAGAAAAGGAAAGGAGGCGCGCCUCCUUUUCGCCUCCGGCUGACGUCAGAUCGGCUGCCGAAAGCGGCGGCACGUGGCGGGAAUCCGGUUCUUGCGACGCCUGGGACGAGGAAGCGGCGGCGCCUUGACUUCUCGACGAUCACCAUGCUGCUGUGGCUGGUGACGGUGGUGGCGCUUCUCGCGACCGGGCAAGCUACGAACUCCUCCACCGCAGGAGCAGCAGCACCGAGGGAGACCGACUGCCGCAGCCCGGACGGCAAGGAAGGCUUCUGCACCUUGGCGUCGCAAUGCAGGCAACUGGCGCUACUUUCGUCCAGCGAGCAGCGGCGGUACGUGUGCGGCUAUCGAGGACCGCUGGCCAAGCUCUGCUGCGUCCCCGAACCGGCGUCAGGAGGCGAGGGCGACAACUCGACCGGCGUCGCCUCCCGCGGCGCUGGUGCAGACGGUGCGGCCAUCGCCCCCGCCCCACCACCUGAACCCCUCCCUGAAGGCUACCCCAACGCUACUGCCAUCUGGUGAGUAUCGUAUUACAAA